AAAAUCACACACUAAACAACAUUAAUUGGUACUCUUCCUUGCUAAGCAAGCACCGCUCCCCCUCACUCUCUCUCUUUUCUUUCAUUCUUUUUCUGGGAAUACUAAUCUCGUACACUUGAUUUGAGUAUGUCAUUUUAAAAACUUGAUCUUUCUCUCUCUAAAAGAACCCACUAUACUCAAAUACUGUAACCCUUCAUCUUCGUCUUCUUCUUUAAAUUCCAGUUCAACUUUCUCUCUCUACGAAAUUCUUUGUGGAAGCUUCUCUGCUCCUGUGGCUCAACUCAAGCUUUCUAUGUGAACUCAGUUGAAUCAUCUUCCUGCAAAAAUGUUCACUGAUGGCCUCGAUAACAGUGCCCUUCAAUGGGUUCGUGAGGGUUCUAAGAAUGGUAAGAAGGAAGAACCAUUGUCAGUGUUAAACCAUAGAACAACAAGGAUUGACCCUAUUCUAAACAGAAGCAGCAGCCGAGGUUUCGGGCUGCCGCCACCUGGCAAGUUCCGAAGUGGGCAUUUACCACCCACUGCAAUUUCAGGGUCUAGAGUAAUUCCUGGGGAUGACUCUGCUUCAGUUUCUGGCAAUGACAUUACCUCAGAAUCCGAGGAAGAUGAUGAUGUUUAUGGUGGGAGGUAUUCAGUGGAUUCGUCCCCACAGGAUGACCGUGCACCUCCUUCUAUUAAUAGUAGUUACAGAUACUCCAACACGAGAUCGUUACCGCCAACUCGGAUGAGUUAUGGAAGUGAUUAUCUGUCUUCUGAUGUGUAUUCGUCCGUGGAGUUGAGUGGGAAGAGGGGUGAGAGAUUACUUAAUGGGAAUAAGAGGUACUCAGUUGGGAAAAAUGGUUAUGCAGAGGAUGAGUCUGAAGAUUCAGCUGGUAGUUCUGAGUUUUCUUCUUCCCAAGUUGAUAGCAACAUUCGUACGGCAUCUCGUUCACAAGCUCAUGUUUCAGAAGGCUAUGCAUCGAGCGUAACGUCGAAAGUGAAUGUUGGGAAGGAUGAUUGUGAUACUCCAAGUGCACCUCCAGUUUGCCACCCCGGUCAGGACAACAGCCAAGAUGUGCUUGGAAUCCAUAACGAAGCAUCUGCUGAUUCUCAUGCUGCUUCUGACAAAAAUGAGCCAACUGUUCCUAACGUCGUGCCAUCUGGUGCCAGUCAAGUGGAUAGUAUUGAAAAUAAGGUUCCUGGUCAACAAGCAAGAACCGCAGCCCGUGCAGAAUCAGCAGGGUCUUCUGGUUCACAUGCUGCUCGUCUACCUACUUUCCAUGCAAGUACUCAAGGACCAUGGCAUUCAGUGGUUGCAUAUGAUGCUUGUGUUCGUCUUUGUCUCAAUGCCUGGGCAAGGAGUUGCAUGGAAGCUCCUGUUUUUCUUGAAAAUGAGUGUGCUUUAUUGCGGAGUGCAUUUGGUUUGCAGCAACUAUUAUUACAGUCCGAAGAGGAAAUUCUGGCUAAGCGUGGUUCCGAACUUGCAGUUGAAGGAGCACCACAGAAACCAAAGAAAAUGGUCGGGAAGAUGAAGGUCCAAGUUCGUAAAGCGAGGAUGGGACUGGACCCACCUACUGGCUGUAGUUUUGGAUCUGUAAAGGCACCAGUUAUAAACAUGGAGUCUGCUCGGUUGCAGUUAUCCAAAGUGCAAAGGUCAGUUUUGUCUGGAUGGCACGCCCUUCGAAGAGUGCGUUUUGUGCUCCAUAAGCCUGCGGAAGGUUCUUUGUCAAAGAAGAGUUUGGCGUAUGUUCAAGCCAGUAGUCAGUACUUAAAGCAAGUUUCAGGUCUAUUAAAAGUUGGUGUUGUGACCACAUUGCGUAACAGCGCAUCAUCGUAUGAACCUGCACAAGAGAGUCAUUCCUGUUUGUUAAGAUUAAAAAGUUCACCUGAGGAUGAUGUUGUUCGGAUGCAAGCUGGUUCGGGUGAAACUCAUGUAUUCUUUCCAGAUGGCCUAGGAGAUGAUUUGAUUGUUGAAGUUCAGGAUUCUAAAGGAAAAACCUGCGGUCGUGUUGUUGCUCAAGUGGCAACUGUUGCUGAUGACCCGAAUGACAAGCUGCGCUGGUGGUCAAUAUUUCACGAGCCAGAGCAUGAGCUUGUUGGUAAAGUACAACUUUAUAUCAACUUCUCGACGAGCACGGAGGAGAACAAUAAUAAUAAGUGCGGCUCUGUGGCAGAGACUGUAGCCUACGACUUGGUUCUAGAAGUUGCAAUGAAAGUUCAACAGUUUCAACAAAGACAUCUUCUGCUGCAUGGCGAGUGGAAAUGGUUAUUGGGAGAAUUUGCAACCUAUUAUGGGGUUUCUGAUGCAUACACAAAAUUAAGAUACCUUUCAUAUGUCAUGGAUGUUGCUACUCCUACAGCUGACUGUCUUACUCUCGUGCAUGAUUUGCUUUAUCCUGUGAUAAUGAAGGGCCACACAAAAAGCACAUUAAGUCAUCAAGAGAACCGCAUCUUAGGAGAAGUGGAGGACCAAAUUGAACAGAUACUUGCUCUGGCAUUUGAGAACUACAAAUCCUUGGAUGAAUCAUUACCUUCUGGAAUCAUAGAUGUCUUUAAGCCUGCAAGUGGGAACGCAGCUCCUGCUUUGCAACCUGCUGUCAAACUUUACACUCUUCUUCACGAUAUAUUGUCUCCUGAGGCGCAGAAUAAGCUAUGCAGACAUUUCCAGGCUGCUGCGAAAAAGAGGUCAAAGAGACAUUUGGCCGAGACAGAUGAGUAUGUUAGUAACACUGGGGAAGGAAACAUGUUUGAUCAUAUUACCAUAUCCAUUGCGUACCAGAAAAUGAGAACUCUUUGCUUGAACAUCAGUAAUGAAGUCUCCACUGAUAUUGAAAUCCACAACCAGCACGUACUUCCCAGUUUUGUCGAUCUCCCAAAUCUUGCUUCAUCAAUAUAUAGUGUAGAACUUUGCAACCGGAUACGUGAGUUCCUCAUUGCAUGCCCUCCUUCUGGUCCUUCACAACCAGUGGCAGAGCUUGUGAUAGCAACCGCAGAUUUCCAAAGAGAUCUCGUCAAUUGGAAUAUCAAUCCCAUCAAAGGUGGAGUUGAUGCAAAGGAAUUGUUCCACCUGUAUAUAGUUGUCUGGAUACAGGAUAGGCGUCUGGCUUUACUUGAGACCUGCAAACUUGACAAGGUCAAAUGGUCUGGUGUCAGAACACAACAUUCCACUACCCCUUUCGUUGAUGAAAUGUAUGAUAGACUGAAAGAUACAUUGAAGGAUUAUGAAGUCAUCAUUAGCCGCUGGCCAGAAUAUAGCUUUGCAUUGGAAAAUGCCGUUGCUGAUGUAGAAAAGUCCAUAAUAGAGGCUCUAGACAGGCAAUAUUCUGAUGUGUUGGCUCCUUUGAAGGAAAAUCUUGCACCAAAGAAGUUCGGUUUCAAGUAUGUGCAGAAACUGACCAAGCGAACAGUGACUCCCUACGUGGUUCCCGAUGAGGUUGGGAUCCUUCUAAAUUCUGUCAAGAGAAUGCUUGAUGUUCUUCGGCCCAAGAUAGAAACACAGUUCAAGUCAUGGGGCUCGUGUAUCGCCAACAUUGGCAACCAGAUACCCGGAGAGCGUUUAAGCGAGGUGACAGUCAUGUUAAGGGCCAAGUUCAGAAACUACUUGCAAGCCAUUGUUGAGAAGCUGGUCGAAAAUACGAGGCUGCAAAAUGCUACGAAAAUUAAGAAGAUUCUCCAAGAUUCCAAAGAAAGCGUUGGGGAACCUGAUGUUAGAAAUAGAAUGCAGCCUCUAAAAGAACAGCUGACUAGCACAAUGAAUCAGUUACACACCAUCUUUGAAACUCAUGUUUUCAUUGCUAUAUGCCGAGGUUACUGGGACCGAAUUGGUCAGGAUGUUCUAAGUUUCUUGGAGAACCGGAAAGAAAAUAAAGCAUGGUACAAGGGUUCAACAAUUGCUGUUUCUGUUCUUGAUGAUACAUUUGCAUCACAGAUGCAGCAGCUUUUAGGGAACGCCUUACAAGACAAGGACAUCGAGCCGCCUCGGUCGAUGAUGGAGGUCCGAUCAAUGUUGUGUAAAGAUGCCCAAAUUCACAAGAGUAACACGUUUUAUUACUGAAAUAAUGUAGUAUAGUAGUAGUGUAGAUAAGUCGGUGAUCAGUAGCAAAUUCUCCGUAGUUUCGUGAAAUGAGGAAAUGUACUUCUAGUACUCUUAUGAAAAUAGCACAUUCUAAAAGAAGAGUAAGGAAAAGGCAUUCAAUAGAAAUUCUUUUUUGUCAAUAAAACUAUAUCCUAGAUCCAUUCUUUGUUUUUGGUCCUUGUGGAAGAAUUUACCCAGUAAGCUCUGAAAAGGCGAAAAUGGUGCAUUUGUUGGGCCUUUUUAGACAUGUAAAUCACAAUUUUUUUUUUGUUUUUUUUGGUGGUAGAAUAAAUCAGAAUUGUUACUUGGAACAUUUUAGGUUGUAAUUUUCCAAGAUGUAAAUCCCACUUUGUAUACUCUGUGAAGAUUACUGCACGAUACUUCCUCUGUUCCAUAAUGAUAUUCUUGUUUCUGUUUUUCACA